AUGGGUGGACCAGGUGACACAGGAGUGCCUGGGAGUGGACACAGCAGCAUGGGUGGACCAGGUGACACAGGAGUGCCUGGGAGUGGACACAGCAGCAUGGCUGGACCAGGUGACACAGGAGUGCCUGGGAGUGGACACAGCAGCAUGGGUGGACCAGGUGACACAGGAGUGCCUGGGAGUGGACACAGCAGCAUGGCUGGACCAGGUGACACAGGAGUGCCUGGGAGUGGACACAGCAGCAUGGGUGGACCAGGUGACACAGGAGUGCCUGGGAGUGGACACAGCAACAUGGGUGGACCAGGUGACACAGGAGUGCCUGGGAGUGGACACAGCAACAUGGGUGGACCAGGUGACACAGGAGUGCCUGGGAGUGGACACAGCAGCAUGGGUGAACCAGGUGACACAGGAGUGCCUGGGAGUGGACACGGCAGCAUGGGUGGACCAGGUGACACAGGAGUGCCUGGGAGUGGACACAGCAGCAUGGGUGAACCAGGUGACACAGGAGUGCCUGGGAGUGGACACAGCAGCAUGGGUGGACCAGGUGACACAGGAGUGCCUGGGAGUGGACACGGCAGCAUGGGUGGACCAGGUGACACAGGAGUGCCUGGGAGUGGACACGGCAGCAUGGGUGGACCAGGUGACACAGGAGUGCCUGGGAGUGGACACAGCAGCAUGGGUGGACCAGGUGACACAGGAGUGCCUGGGAGUGGACACAGCAACAUGGGUGGACCAGGUGACACAGGAGUGCCUGGGAGUGGACACAGCAGCAUGGGUGGACCAGGUGACACAGGAGUGCCUGGGAGUGGACACAGCAGCAUGGCUGGACCAGGUGACACAGGAGUGCCUGGGAGUGGACACAGCAGCAUGGCUGGACCAGGUGACACAGGAGUGCCUGGGAGUGGACACAGCAGCAUGGGUGGACCAGUGGCCGGAAGUAACACAUUGUGUACAGCACGACAAUGCACUCACCAACACACUAUAUAA